AUGAAGCAAAAUGAAACAUUCAUCACCUACUUCAUCAUAAAGGGAAUAUCUGAUGCUCCUGAGCUCCAAGCACCAAUAUUUAUUCUGGUUCUACUAAUUUAUCUCAUUGUUCUUGUUGGGAAUAUGAGUCUUCUUCUCCUGGUUUGUCUUGACUCCCAUCUUCACACUCCCAUGUAUUUCUUCCUUGCUAACCUGUCCAUAGUGGACAUGACAUCUUCCACAGUCACCCUACAUAAGAUCCUUCUGAUGUUCAUCACUGGAGAUAACACCGUGCUCUACCUGGCCUGUAUGGUACAAACAUACAUGUUUGGAUCUUUGUCAGGACAUGGACUUUUCAUAUUGACAGCCAUGAGUUAUGAUCGAUAUGUGGCUAUUUGUAGGCCCCUUAAUUAUCACAUUAUUAUGAACUUUAAGGUCUGUCUUCUCUUGGCCUCGUUUUGUUGGACAUUUGGUUUCAUACAAGUUGUUCCUUAUCUUUGCCUAAUAGUAAAGAUCUCUUGUUAUUCCUCUAAUGUGAUUGACCACUUCUUCUGUGACCUUGUUCCCCUCAUAAAUAUUUCCUGCAGUGAUGUUACUUUACUAGUAAGACUUUCCGAUAUACAAGGAAUGAUAAUUUACGCCCUUACUCCAUUUCUUCUCAUUUUGACUUCUUAUAUCUUUAUAAUUCAGACCAUACUGAAGAUACGUUCCAGUAUUGGUAGAAGAAAAGCCUUCUAUACAUGUUCCUCACACCUUGCAUUAAUCGUGGUGCUCUACACGACUCUCCUCUCUCAGUAUAACAUACCUAAUAAUAGUCAGGGCUCGAAAAAACUGUUUUCUCUGUUUAAUACAGCUAUCGUUCCUGUGCUCAAUCCACUCAUUUAUAGCUUGAAGAAUAAAGAUGUUAAGGCAGCAUUUAGACGGACUGUGGAGAAGUGUAGAGUGGAUAUUUUGUCUCUAUAG